UCCCCGUGCGUGCUGGUGCUGAUGCAGACAGACACAAGCAUCAACCGGACAUAAACCACAGGAGGUGUUGUAAAGUAAUGCUUUGACAGAUUGAAGGGCUUCCAGAGACCUGCACCACUGCCAUGGCGGUGCGCUCUGACCUGUUGGGUAUAGCUCAGCCGGUGUUUGAAUCCUGGCCUGCAGGAGGCGGCAGCCCUGUGGAAGAGCUGGACGUCAGGAGUUUCAUGGGUUCCCUGAUGGAGGAGAACAGCACAGCGGAGAGAUGCUAUCGCUCUCAUUCCCACAGCAGUGUGCUGCAGGGUCUGCCCUUUGGAGGAGUCCCCACUGUCCUCGCCAUUAAUGUCGUUCUGUGGCUGUUCCUGCUACUCAUCUUCUCUUGUUUGAGGAAGGCAGCGUGGGACUACGGCCGCUUGGCUCUGCUGAUGGAGAAUGACAGCUUGACAUCACUAUUCUAUGGAGAACAAAGCGAGAAAGAGAAAACCCCUUCAGAAUCCAGUCCAUCUGAUUCAGAGACCAAGGACAUGGGCUUCUGUUCCUGGCUUACAUCUCUGUACCACAUGAAGGAUGAAGAGAUCCGCAGUAAAUGUGGUAUUGAUGCGGUCACGUACCUGUCAUUCCAACGUCACAUUAUUCUGCUCAUGACGGUGGUGUGUCUGCUGUCUCUCACCAUCAUCCUGCCUGUCAACCUCUCUGGGAACCUCCUCGAAGAUAGCCCUCAGAAUUUUGGCCGAACAACAGUGGUGAACGUCCCAGCACACAACACAUUUCUGUGGUUGCACAGUAUCUUUGCUCUGUUGUAUUUUGUGAUCACUGUGCUGUGCAUGGCACACCACGCCUCACGACUGGAAUACAGGGAGGAUGAAAAGGUGGCCAGAACUCUAAUGAUCACUUCUAUUCCCAGAGAAAUCUCUGAUCCCGGCCUGAUCACCAAACAUCUUCAUGAGGCGUAUCCCAGCUGUACCGUCACUGACAUCCGGUUCUGCUUUGACAUACAAAAACUGAUGAAGCUGGACUCAGAAAGACGGAAAGCCAUGAAAGGAAGGUUGUAUUUCACAACCAAAGCUCAGAAGGAAGGGAGGAUCAUGAUAAAGACACACCCUUGUGCUCAGAUCUUCUGCUGUGAUAUAUGUGGCUUUGAACAGGUGGAUGCAGAGCAGUACUACAGCGAGCUGGAGGAGAAACUGACAGAUGAGUUUAAUGCAGAGAAAAACCGCAUCUCUAUGAAGAGGCUGGGCAUAGCCUUUGUCACCUUCAGAGAUGAAAGAAUGACAGCAGUUAUUGUAAAAGACUACAGCCGAGCACGCUGCCGCCACAGACCCCAGCAGUCCAGCAUUACAACAGUAGUGCGCUCGCAUCAGUGGGGGGUUUCUUAUGCCCAUGCCCCCAGUGACAUCAUAUGGGAAAAUCUGUCAGUGUGCGGUUCUCGCUGGUGGCUCCGCUGCGUCCUGCUCAACAUUACGCUCUUCCUCCUGCUCUUCUUUCUCACAACCCCUGCUAUCAUUGUAAACACUAUGGACAAGUUCAACAUCACUCAGCCAGUUGAGUGCCUAAGGAACCCAGUAAUUACCCAGUUCUUCCCCACGCUACUCCUGUGGGCCUUUUCCAUCCUCCUGCCCUUCGUAGUGUACUAUUCAUCAUUCUUUGAGUACCACUGGACUAGGUCCAAUGAGAAUCAGGUCACCAUGCACAAAUGUUUUUUACUGCUUGUCUUCAUGGUUAUUAUUCUACCAUCACUGGGUCUGUCCAGCUUGGAUUUGUUCUUCAGGUGGCUUUUUGACAUUCACUUCCUGGAUGAAGCAGAUGUGAAGUUUCAGUGUGUGUUUUUGCCUGAUAACGGGGCGUUCUUUGUGAAUUAUGUGAUCACGUCUAGUUUGAUAGGAACGGCUAUGGAGCUCUUGCGUAUUCCUGCACUGCUGGUGUAUUCUCUUCGCCUCUGUUUUGCCAAAUCUAAAGCUGAGCGCAUCCACGUUAAAAGGAGUCAAGCCUAUGAGUUUCAAUUUGGUCUUGAGUAUGCGUGGACCAUGUGCAUAUUCGCAGUCAGUAUGACCUACAGCAUCACCUGCCCCAUCAUUGUACCUUUUGGGUUGCUCUACCUUGUUCUGAAGCAUAUGGUAGAUCGCUAUAAUAUCUACUAUGCCUAUAUACCCACAAAGCUCAGCCAGCGGAUCCACUCGGCCGCCAUCAGCCAAGUGGUAGUGGCACCCAUUCUGUGCAUGUUUUGGUUGAUGUUCUUCUCUGUACUCAGACUGGGUCUAAUGCAGCCCAUCACUUUGUUUACCUUUGUAACUCUACUGUCCUGUAUUGCCUUCUCCUGCUUUGGUGUAUGUCUCAAAAAACUAAACCCUGACAGAUCAACAAGCUAUCAGAUGUCUGAUCAGGCAACAGAAGACAUUUUCAGUGAUGCGGAGAGAAGCACUGUUUCAAGCACAACCACAGUUAAUCUUUUUAUAGCGUCCGUCCUGCUGGAGCCCGAGCUGGGUCUGACUCCCAUGCCCUCUCCGGCCCACCAGAGUUACGGCACCAUGGGGAACAGCCAGAGUUCAGUGCGUGACGCUGAAGGGGGUGAGGAGAAAGACCUGGAGGAAACUUUGGAGACUGAACUCAAGGAUGACCCAGAUCCCAUUUGCCCCAGCCCUCUCAUGGACAGCCCCCUCUCCCUGUUCCCAGCCCAAAGCUCAAGUUCCAUGCCUCAUCUAAGCUAGUGGCUGAUACAGAGGCAUUAUGCUGCAAUGUCUGUCCUAGACAUCCUCCAUUUAUGAGUAAAAGACUAAUUAGGGUCAUCCAAGCUUCAAACUGCUUUAAAAGCUUGUUGAUGUGAAAUUUGCUGAGAUGGGUGGUUUUAGUUCUGAAGACUUUGAUGAGCUUUCAAAGAUGUACCACAGCCUCCAUCUGAAGUGGAUAAAAGCAAAGAAAGAGACCAGUUCAUUUCUCUUGCUCGAACUAUGCUUUCUACUUUUCUCAAUUUUCUUGUAUUUUCCUUUCCUGCGUUAUUAAAUUAAUGAGUGUCUGGCAUUAUGGUUGAUUGAAGCUUGGAACAUUGUAUUUUGAAAGAUGUUUCAGUGUAUUUUUUAUGCAUAGUCAUCACAUAGCUCCACAGAGAGGCAGUGCUCAAGACAUGCAAAUCUAAUUGGUAAAUUACUCCUUUUGCUGUUAUUACAGUUUGUGCUUAUUAUUGUCUAUUUUAAGAACUACUGGUAUUUCAGCAGUGGUAUGUAAUUUAGCAACAUUAUGCCAAGAGGGAGUUGUUUUCAUGUGUUUACUAUUAUUAGAUUAGUAUUGCAGCUAUUAACACCCUCAACCUUUCUUGCCACUUUUGCAUUGUGUGCCGGAGUCACCCCCCAGUUUCUCUUUUUCUUCUCGUGAAAAUAGCAUUUGUGCUUUGGCUGCUGUCAAUUGGCACUACAGUAGAAUUCAAAGUCAAUGAGGCACUGAUUACAUCAUUUUUUUUUUUCAUGUGAAUUAUAGUCAGUCGGUCUAUGGAGAUGUAAAAAGAAAUUUCAAAGUGAAGCUUAUUACUGACUUAUAUAAAGUCUAAAUUUAAAGAACUCUAAAACCUGCUAAAGGAAUUGAAAAAGAAAAGGGCAGGUGUCAGUUUGUAAGGGAAAAAACAGAUCUUAUUUUGAUAUCCAGUGUAUUAAAGAAUAUUCCGGCUUCAAAACAAGUUAAGCUCUAUCAACAGCAUCUGUGACCUGCUGUCGAUAACCACAGGAAAUAAUUUUGUCUCAUCCCUCAGUUUUCAUGCGCAUUGGAAGUAUGGCUUUCUGGCUUUACAUGGUUAUGACAGGAGUUCAAAAACUGGAUAUAUCUUAGCACAGACAAGGUCAAUAAAUGAUUUUAUCACACUAGUCUCAAGUUAGUGCAUAUAAUGUUUAAGUGUGGUGACUAUACUUUCGAAACAGUGUGUAGCCCAAAGUAUUCGGUUAAACGAGUACAGGACGUGUGACGCAAUUCUCGUCAUCAGCAGAGUGGUCAAGCAUUGAACGCACGCAGCCCAAUUUUUCUAAGCGCGCAUCUGUGAAUGCGCAGAAUGCACAUGCGCCUGGAAUUAUUUGCACUAAUUUGUGGGUCCAAAAGGUGGCAGUACUCACAUUUGAGCAUUUGUCGUGAAGACAGAGGAUGUAAUCACCUGUAAACAACAGGAGACAUAGGUAAAAACAACAAUAGUGAAUGUGAACGUCAAGAGCGCUUGUGUGAGUAGGUCUGGAGAUACCUGUAAUUGUAUUACUCUUUUCUAAAGGACUAUAAAGACUAAACUCCUAAAGAGAAAUAGUCCACUGUCUCGUACAGUCAUAGCAUACGUAUACGCGCACCGUCGUUUUCCAAACUGCAUUUUUGCACCAUUGAAGGGCACUUCGCAAUGGGGACGCCACUCGAAAGGUCGUUCCAAACAAAAGUAGGAAAGUAAUUUUUUUCAUAAAGGGCCCUUUCAGAAGACUUUUAGUGAAGGCUACAUUUAAACUGUAAUGACAUGUUCCCUUCAGAUGCCACACCAAGAGCUCUGUCUUUCGUAGUGAGUAGGGCAUAGGGCAUAGGGCAUAGGGAUAAUCACUUUCGAUAGGAAUUCGCCCUUUGACACGCUCUCGUUCGACUGUAUGCAGACGCUGAGCAUUCGCGUCAAAAUCGAAGUAUACUGUGGGCUUAUAUCUUAAAAUUUUAUCACGGUGCAAUUCCUUGCUCCAUAGACUCAUGCCCUAUUGUGAAAGGAAUAGUUCACCCAAAAAUUAUAAUUCUCUCAGACCAAAAUGUAACUCCUUUGUACAUGUGGACGCGCUGUGUAAGGAAUGUUAGUGAGACAAACAGACCCAAGAGCAGAGGAACAGUUCAAAGGAUUUAUUAACUGUAAUAAUGAGCAGUCACUGGGUGGAGGAAUGUAGAAAAUCCUGACACCGGCUGCAGCAGUGGGAAGCGAUCUCCAAUGGCGUGCAUGUCAUAGGAUGAAUGUGUGCGUUGUGGAAGUCAGGAACAGAUUCUUAGAAUCCUCCGUUGAAGCUUAGUGAGGUGCAGAACAACGCCCAGCACAGUUGAGCAAACUUAACUCCCGACACGCGGGUAGAGACGAGGUAUCCUCUGUGGAAGACCAGUUGACAUGCAGCAAUACUGGAAGGCAACCACACAUCCGACAUGUGGGCAACCAACAGAUACAUGAGACAGGACCAACUAGGCAGAGAGAGUGAGGUUAGUAGAACAAUGCUCAAAAACUCAGUCAACACUGAGCAACAUUAAACAUUCAACAUCUGACUACAUUUAACAAUCCAGCCCAGGACCUGACACACCAGGGGAUUAAUAUAGGCAUAAACAAACAAGGGGCAGGUGCCGCUCGCAGCUGAAAGUAGGCAUGAUCAGCAUUCCCAUGGAAACAAUCAGGGUCCCCAUGGAAACGCAUAUUCUGCAUGCCAGCGGCACCUGAAACACAUGAGGGCAAAAACGUCAACAUGCUUGGAACAAAACAAACAGGGAAUGAUGAUGCCAUAGUCCUCAUCAGACAAAAACCCAACCUGACAAGGUGACAGGACCGUGACAUCACCGGAGAGCGCACAGCGGUAAUUUGCACAUGGCGGUCAUUAACAACCGGACCCGUAUAUACAUAUUUUAAUUUGUGUUCUGCGGUAGAAAGAAAGUCAGACAAGUUUAAGAUAGCAUAAUGGUGAGUAAAUGAUGAGAGAAUUAUAUAUUUUGGGUGAAUUAUUCCUUUAAUUGCAUCAAAAACACAAUUUUGCUUGUUUAUACAAAGUGAGAGAAAAAUGGGUACUUCAGCCAAAAAUUUAAAUUCUGUCAUCAUUUACUCACCUUUGUGUUAUUCCAAACCCAUAUGACUUUCUUUCUUCUAUGGAAGCAAA